AUCUCUCUAUUCCUAUCAAGUUUCGCUAGUAUUCUAACCUGUCAUGAAAAUCCUCCUAGUGUUGAUGGAAUUCGAAUUUUUAAUAUUAUUUUUUUCUCUGCACAUGGAAUCAGCUUGUGAAGAUAUGAAUACGAAUGAAACUAUCAAAGCAAAUAAUGGCAGUGAAAUGAAAAAUAGUUCGGUCGACAGAAAUGAUUGCCUGAGGAUAUUUGAAAAAUAUGGACUGGACUUAAAUAUACAAGAAAAUUCCAAUUUUAGUGGAUGUUCUGAAACAUUCCGAGAGGAAUUUUACAAAAUAUUAUGUAGAGGUGACUACGAACGUCCAGUAGAAAUAAUAUCGAAACUCAGAUGUUAUUUUCAACACUACGGACAUCCAUUUUUAACAAUCGCUCCUUUUAAAGUUGAAGAAAUCAGCAAAGACCCAGUCAUACUACUCUAUCAUGAUUUCGUCUUCGAAGCGGAAAUCGAAAAAAUUAAAUACUUCGCAGAAAAUAAGAUGAAUGUUUCUCAAACGAUUUCUAAAGAUGGCGAGGCAGUUGUUUCCCCAGCGAGAAAGAGCAAGUCGUGUUUUUUAAGUAAUGUUGAAUCAAAAACAGAACUAAAGGGAUUAACACGAAGAAUAGCCGAUUCCACGACGUUAUCGAUGGAUUCUUCGGAAUAUUUUCAAGUUGUCAGAUAUGAAAAUGGCGAGUACUAUAGGCCUCACCAUGAUUUUUUCACGCACCCUAAAGUAAUACGAAGAAAUAAAAGCAAUCGAAUAGCUACUUUUUUGAUGUAUCUUAGCGAUGUUCAAGAAGGAGGUUAUACAGUAUUUCCUAAGUUGAGGCUCUACGUGAAACCUCAAAAAGGUGCAGGUAUAUUCUGGUACAACCUCUUUGACAACGGACAUGGUGAUCUCAGAAUGUUGCAUGGUGCUUGUGAUGUUACUAGUGGAACGAAAUGGAUAUCGACCAAAUGGAUUCGUGAGGAAGGACAGGAAUUCAAACGACCAUGUUCUAGAAGACCAAUCGGAGGAGUAUAGAGUUGACCAACUUCGAAAAAAUUUGAAAACAUAAAAAAGAAGGUGAAAAAAAGAAAAAUAUUGUUGUUCAAUUUAUUUUGGCCAUAUAGAUAUAUUAACACUUCUUAAACCUCAUAUAGAAUACAUAAAUAAUCUUUCGAUAUCAUAGAAUGAAAAAUAGAUUAUCCAAUACGUGAUACCUGUAUUUGAAGAAUAUUUU